GCUUCUUUAGUAGUGUUGAGAUAAUUCCAUAUUCACAAUCUACAUGCCAAACUGAGCCGAAAUCCAAAUUUUCAUGAACUUUGGUACCCGGGAACCUAUUUAAAAAUCGAUUUAAAGUUUGUAUGGGAGCGAUUUGUAGAAUCACCCCUCGUCGCAUUUCGUACUGGGCGGAGCUGUCAAGCAGUUGCCCAGCUAUCAAAAGGUGAUUUCAAAAAAUCUUUUUGUAAUUGAAUUUAGGUAUCAAAAUAAACUUUUAAAAAUCUGAAAAAAAUCAUACUGGCUUAUAAAAAGGUGCUCUUUCGAAUAAAAUCAAAAAAUCAAUAUAUUAUUCUUAAUUUAAAAACCCAAUUGGUGAUUGGUACAAAUUAAGUACCUUACCAAGAAAAAAAUGUUAAAUUUAAAUUUAUACGUUCAAUAUGUAGUCCGUCCAAAGUCUUACACCGUACAUGAAACCGUUUUUAAUUAGAUUUUGCUUUAGAUUUUAUAGAGGCAUUUUAAAAUCUUCUCCUGUGUGAUAGGGAUAGGAUUUUUCAAAACACCAUCGUUCUUCUUCUGCUAUGUUCUGCUAUGUUCUCGUUUAGAUGUAUGCAGGGUACUGCGCCACUUGGGCAGUGGCUGGUAUUUUGGGUACUUUUCAGCUACAACUCAAUCAAUUUCAGAAAUUUAGCAAAACCUCGCGCCGCCCAGCAGGGACUUUGUUUUGUACACAUUACAGCACCUCCAUGUCACGUAAUAUACCACACCUCUUAUCAAAUGUGAUAUCGUAAGCGUACCAUACUUUGCGCACCUAGGGCCUAACUUUGCGCACUUUUCAAAAAAUCGUUAAACAGUUUUUCUGGUGCAUUAUGCAAACUUUUUCCCACGGAAUACUAGUUAGUGAUAUGGGGUAUGCACUUUGUCUCAGUUUGGAUGUAAUGAUAAAUGGAAGAGGAAGACAAAUUGAUGAGUGAAUAUGCAGUUGCUUUCCCUCAAAUGCUGUAAAUAACGUUGUAGAAUGACGUAGGUUUUGAUUCAAAAUUUGUUUUAGUUUAGAUAGCAAUACCAUAAAGUAUUUGUGCACUCUCAAUAAUACAAUAAUAACCAAACUUGUUCCACAACAGAAUGUAAUAUUGAAAUGUUAUUUAAGGGCUGCAUACCAAUUGCUUGGUCAUAACAAAAUAAGAUUGUCCAACAAAACAUGUUAUGGAAACGUAAUGCCUUGAUAAUUCAAUAAUAACAAAACAAGAUAUAAAAACAGGUUUUGUGAUUUCGUAGUUAUUAAUUUGAUAUUCCCCUCUGCUCGGGUACUUCUGGCGAAACUUCAUGGAGCAUUAGAAUUUUUUUAGUUUGUUUUGUAGCGGAAUCUCUAAUAGAAAUUAUUGAAAAAAAUGCGCGGGAACUAGUGACGAGUUCUUGGUGGUAUUUCAGACUUAAUUUGUCAUAGAAUUUUCUGUGAAAUUUCCAGAAAACCUUUGGGGAAAAUUUCGGAAAUUUUUUUUUUAAUUGCUGAGAAAAUUUCCUUAUGACUUCACAAAAAAUAAUUGUGUCUACGACGCUUCGUUCUUGAGUUAUGAUUUUUCAAAGUAGGUGCCCCAGACAACCAGAAAUUGCAUAAGGAUGUACGCUGUACAUCGUAUAAAGUACUAUUUUUACUCACUAUCGCAUACAUAUACGGCUGAGGGACAAUUUUCAUCGCAUAUGAUGUUUUUGAACUUAUUGCGAUGUAUCUGGUAAAAUCAUAUAAGAGUGCAAACUAACUUUUAUAAUGUAUAACUACAUCGUAGUAGACGAUAUUCUGAUGUUUUAUUGCGACGAACUUUACUUAUUCGCAAAAGAGUUCGAGCGGACUCGCAAACUGUCAAUUGAAUUCGCAUAAUUACGCACUGUGAUGAUUAUACGACUUCGCUUGGUACUUUUCUCAUCAAGUCAGUUAAACUCGCAUUGGUGUACAAACUAAAUCGCAUAAAAGUAAAAAUAAACUCGUUAAAAUGUGCAUACAAACUCGUAUAAGCUAGAACCGUUAACGUUGGAAUAUUGCGAUGUGAUAUGUGAUAACAAUGAAAGAGGUGCGUUGGAGUGCCAAAAAGCUACAAGAAAGUUAACAGGCAUCAUUAUGGUUACAAAACAAGUUACUAAGUCAUCAUUUUUGUUUUGUUGACCUGAUAAUUAACAAUGCUGGGUGGUGCUAGCAAGAGAGGGGUAGUGAUAACUGUGCGGGAAAUCACGCUUCGUCAUUUUGAGCUCCAGAUAGCUUGUCGAACAUGUACAGCGCAGGGAAACCAAGUGCAUUCCAACAAAUACUUAGGUGAGUGAAAAUGUCAUGGCAAUUAAUCAGUGUGUUUCAUAAGUGGUGUUUGGUGUUAAGUGUGAAGUAUGGCUCGAAAAUCCAAAGGUUCUUAGUUCGAUACUGAGGUGACAAGAAUUGUUUUUUUUUCGAAUAUUAUUAUUAGGGACAAUGGAAAUUCGCGAUUUCGCGGAAGCCGCGAAAUUCGCGAAAUUGGCCUUUGGGCGCGAAUUGUGAGAAACUCCGCGAAAUGCCGCAAAAUUUGACAAAGUUGUGAAAAUGUCUUAUAAUUUUCCAUCAAUUUCAAUUUUUUAAACAUAAAUUGAUUGAUAUCUUUUGAUAAUGGUAUGUUAUACACGACUAUGUAUCGCAUAAUACAAGUUUACUCUAUUUUCAAUGUAUGCUUCUUUUCUAUUUUUUUGUCAAAUAUGUUACGUUUUCGAUGAAUUCAUGUUAAGACCUCUGAAAACCAGAAAACCAAGUGAACUAUUUAUUUGGCAUGAAAAAUUUAAUGUUUAUUUAGCAAAACGGUCAAAAAUAUGGGGCCGCGACAGUGCCGCGAAAUUAACAAUAGUUACCCGCGAAACUUAAAAAAAAUUUGCCGCGAAUUUCCAUUGUCCCUAAUUAUUAUGUCGCAUAAGAUGCUAUAUUACGUCGCAAUAGUGCCCACCGUACAUCGCAUAAGAUAUCGCUUGAAGUCAUAUAGCGUUAUUAUUUUUCCGUCAAUGCACGUAUAGCACUUCCACUUUUGUACGCAUAAGGCACUUUCACUGCAUCUUAUGCGAUGUAACUUUACCGCAUAAAAGUACGUAUAACAUGAACAUAAACUUCAUUAUACGUGCAAUUUUUUUGUCUGGGUGGUGUCUGUGGAAAAUGUUUGUUUUCCACUGGAGUUUUCCGGGAAAUUAGGCGGUCCUGAUUUUUGCAAUUUAGCUUUUGUUCAUAUAUAGUAUAAACCCAACCUAUGAAAAAAAAAUCAUUAAAUUCUGAGAACCUUCGUACCAAUUUGUUCGAUAAUAAAAAAAAAUCCCUAUUGGCGGGAAAAUUAUAACGCUAUAUGAUUUGAAGCGAUAUUCUAUGCGAUUUACCGUGUACACUAUUGCGAUGUAAUGUAGCACCUUAUGCGACUCAAAAUUAUACGCAAAAAAUAGCAUCACAAACGAAGGAGCGGAUCUGGUGUCAUGGUAAAAACACUUGACUAUCACGCCGAGGAGCUGGGAUCGAAUCUAACUCCCGACUAGGCUAGCGUUUUUCUUUCGAAAAGGAAGUAAAGCAUGAUCCCGAGAUAAACUAGGCCCAGGUUGAAAAAAGAAAAAAAAAAUCAUAUGCGAUGAAAAUUGUCCCUCCGUCGUACAUGUAUGCGAUGGUAACUUAAAAAAGUGCUUUAUACGAUGUAAUGCGUGCAUUGUCGUGCAUCCUUAUGGGACUGGUUGUCUGGAAAGCACCAUUGAAGUUUUUAAAACAUUUGAGGGUCCCCGAUAUGAAGGGGUGUAACCCGAGUAAUAUUUUGAUUGCCAAUUAGUCUUGUAAAGGUUUUGAGAACCGUCAUAAAUCCUUAUACAUUCUAUUUUGGUUUAAUGAUGGUUGUAAGAUCCUCUUCUUAUCUAUUUGACUAAAAAUGUUACUAGGAAAGUGGCAUUUUUGGAUGGUUUCUCAAACCAUGAUAAUAUCAAAAUAAAAUUAUUACGGGCUUAUAAUAGUUCUCAAAACCUCAUCAAAACUAUUUAGACUUCAAAUUGUUGGGCUCUGUGAGUCAUGCGUGGAAAGGGAAUUCUAGAUUUAGUGCAUAUCUACAGGAGAUAUUUUGUAAAAUUACAUUAUGAACCUAUAAAUUUUCGCUGUUGGACUCCUUGAUGGAUUACGCGAUGGUUGGCAAAAAUUUGCACGAGCAUAAUUUAAUUUUGCGUGAAAACUCAUGUAAAUAUGCACAGCAUUCCUUUUACGUGCAUGACUUCUCGAUGAAUUUUACCUUGGUAUUUUUUCUGUGGAUCCCACCACUCUUUGGCAGAUCGAGGGGGGGGAUAAAAAUAAUAAAGCAUUUAAUCUAAAAAAAUAUUAAAAACUCAUCGGAUUUGUUAUUGAAUUUUUAGCUAGACCCGAUAAUUUGAUACAUAUUUUUAUCUGCCCACUUAAAAUGCAAAAUCCAGUCAAAAAAUUUUGAAUGGGGGGGGGGAGACAAAAAGUCAAAAUGAAAUUUGUAUCAGCCUUAUUGCAAUUUUGUAAUUUGUUGACAGCACCUUACAUAAUAGAGUUACUUGGUGGUAGAACUUUAUUUAAGAACUACCUUUUCGCUAGACAAUGUGAACUGCGAACAACAGCUUGAGAAACACCGCACCGUAUUGAUCAGUCGUCAUUCAUAGGUGAGAUGAUAACAUUUUGCACAAAUCUACUGAAUCGGGAAUAGGAGCAGUACAUCCUCCUGAGUCAUAAACUGCAACAAUGUUGCCUUAUCAGCCAACUGGAUCAUGCCAUGGUUCACCGGAGAUAUAGAUUAUCGAUCUCAGUUGCUUGUUUUCCCUCGAUCGUUUCAGAAGUCAGCAUGGCUUUGAAGCUCUGGUGUUGCAUCUUCCUAGCCGUUUUGCUCGAAAACCAACAUGUUCACGCAGCUGCCGAGCGGCCCACAGCAACAGCCUUCCGAUGCCUGAAUGAAGAAUCGUCAAAAUGUACAAUCAACAGGAUAGAUUUAGGAGAUUUAGGUGAUUCCGAAAUUGUACUGCCCGACUUACGAAACAAGACUACGUUGCAGAUCAAGGGAGGUAACAUGUCUACAUUUGGGCUUAGCGAUCGAUUGGGGAACGUGAAGAGACUCCAAUUGGGAUCGCUUCAGCUGAGGGAACUCUGCCUGACGUAUAUGCUUCGAGAAGUUUCGGCCGCGAACAACAACAUCAGCUCGGUUCAGUUUUUGUCCUCUAGUGCCAAGUACGAGCUGGAACAUCUCGACCUUCACAGCAACGCGCUGGCAACAUUGGAAGGCUUCGAUGUGCUGGUGAAUUUAGUUGAAGUUCAUCUUGAACACAAUGCGCUUGAAUCGUUUAAUUGGACUGUUUUCGAACGCAUGGUCAAACUGGAGAAGUUGUACCUAAAUGGAAACAAGAUCAUGAACGUGAUGGCUACGAACGAAAUCGAACUGCCAGUUUUGGAGUACCUUUCUUUGGCGGGAAAUCACUUAACAAAUUUGGACGUGUCGAACUGGAAAUUUGAAUCCCUCACUGAGUACGAUUUUAGCUCAAACAAUUUGUCGCGAGUAGAUAACCUGAAGGAGCGCUUCCCCAGCUCCCAAGCUGUCCUGCUGGCCAACAAUCGGUGGUACUGCGGCUGGUUGGAAGACACGCUGGAAGAAUUCAACAAACUGUUUGUGGUGAUCAAGGACCGGGACGAAAGCUGCGAGGGCAUCACCUCGGCAAACAUUUGCUGCACUCCGGAAAAAGACACCAUCCCCGAGGACACCGAGCUGGAUAAAAAACUAGCAGAACUGGAACAGGCUCAAGAAGUUUUGCAAUCAGACUUUGAGACGCGAUUUGAAAACUUGAAAACCGACAAUGAAAACGAUCUGAAAGAUUUGAUUAGCAAAUAUGACAAACUGCUUCAGGAGGCCCCAUUGCCAACGUCCUCGUCGAACCCCGCAACACCUACCAAAAACACCCAGUACACAACUUUCGCGAAAUCGCUAGAGGAUUUGAAUACCACUGUGACCAUGGAGCUGAGGGAUGUGGCAAUCCAGCUGUCCGAGAACGAGAGGGCACAACGUCGACUGUCCUACAUCAUGUUGGAGCUGAAAAAGUCCAUCGAACGGGGCCGGAAGACAACUGCCGACUUGCAGGAACAGCUGGACAAUCUGCGGAGCGACAUCUACAAAAAGCUGAAGAAGCGUAACUGAAUUGCUUGGAAAGUUAAAUGAGGGUUUAGAUACUUUUUUUUUUUAAUAUUUUUAUCAAUUCUUAAUAAAUAUCUGGAUUAAAAACCCUGAUUAAAAAUAUCAAAAUUUGGUUUCAUUUCCAUUGAAUUCCUCUAGUGAUUCCUUCAGGAACUCCUUGAGGAUUUUUUUCAUAAAUUCCUUCAGAAUUUCUUUCAAUGAUUCUUUCAGGAAUUCUUCUUGAAUAAUCAUGAAUUCCUCCAGGGAUUUCAACAGGAAUUCUUCCAGGGAUACCUUCAAUAAUUUUCCAGGGAUUUCUCCUGAAAUACUUUCAGACUAUCCUUAAGGAUUUCUUUCAGGAAUUCCAUCACAAAUUCCUCCAGGGAUUCAUUAAGGAAUUGCUCUAGGGAUUCCUUCCGGAAUUUCUCCAAGGAUACCUCCAGGAAUUGCUUAAGAAAUA